AAGAUGGAGUUUAAAGAGGAGUUUAAAGAGGAGAGUGAAGACAUCAGUAUUUCAGAACCAUUCAGACUGAAGAAUGAAGAUACUGAGGAACAAAAAGACCUGAUGAAACUGAAAGAGGAAAGUCAAGAACUGAAUGAAGUGGAGGAGGAACAUCAGUAUCAGAAACCUUUUAAUUUCUUAAUUGGUGAAGCAUUUUCUUGUGGCACACAGUCUGAAAAGAAAUGCUCACAAAACAGAAAUAAAAAAUGUUUUAUUUGCCCUCAGUGUGGAAGGAGUUACACACAUAAAGGAAGCUAUAAUAUCCACCUAAGAAUUCACACUGGAGAGAAACCUUUCUCAUGCAUUCAGUGUGGAAAGAGUUUUAUACAAAAAGGAGGUCUUAAUGAGCACAUGAGAAUUCACACCGGAGAGAAACCUUUCUCAUGCCCUCAGUGUGGCAAGAAGUUCCCACAAAAAGGAAGACUUAAUGUCCACAUAAGAAGUCACUCUGGAGAGAAACCUUUCACAUGCAUUCAGUGUGGAAAGAAGUUCAUACAUAAAGGAGGUCUUAAUGAGCACAUGAGAACUCACACCGGAGAGAAACCUUUCUCAUGCCCUCAGUGUGGCAAGAAGUUCACACAAAAAGGAAGACUUAAUGUCCACAUAAGAAGUCACUCUGGAGAGAAACCUUUCACGUGCAUUCAGUGUGGAAAGAAGUUCAUACAUAAAGGAGGUCUUAAUGAGCAUAUGAGAAUUCACAGUGGAGAGAAACCUUUCUCAUGCCCUCAGUGUGGCAAGAAGUUCGUUCAAAGAGGAAGUCUUAAUGCGCACAUAAGAAGUCACACUGGAGAGACCCCAUACACAUGCCUUCAGUGUGGAAAGAGUUUCAUACAAAAAGGAGGUCUUAAUGAGCACAUGAGAAUUCACACUGGAGAGAAGCCUUUCUCAUGCAUUCGGUGUGGAAAGAGAUUUAUACACAAAGGAGGUCUUAAUGAGCACAUGAGAAUUCACACCGGAGAGAAACCUUUCACAUGCAUUCACUGUGGGAAGAAGUUCAUACAAAAAGGAGGUCUUAAUGUCCACAUAAGAAGUCACUCUGGAGAGAAACCUUUCACAUGCAUUCACUGUGGGAAGAAGUUCAUACAUAAAGGAGGUCUUAAUGAGCACAUGAGAACUCACACCGGAGAGAAACCUUUCUCAUGCCCUCAGUGUGGCAAGAAGUUCACACAAAAAGGAAGACUUAAUGUCCACAUAAGAAGUCACUCUGGAGAGAAACCUUUCACGUGCAUUCAGUGUGGAAAGAAGUUCAUACAUAAAGGAGGUCUUAAUGAGCAUAUGAGAAUUCACACUGGAGAGAAACUUUUCUCAUGCCCUCAGUGUGGCAAGAAGUUCGUUCAUAGAGGAAGUCUUAAUGCGCACAUAAGAAGUCACACUGGAGAGACCCCGUACACAUGCCUUCAGUGUGGAAAGAGUUUCAAACAAAAAGGAAGCCUUAAUGUUCACAUGAGAAUUCACUCUGGAGAGAAACCUUUCACAUGCCUUCAGUGUGGAAAGAGUUUCAUACAUAAAGGAAACCUUAAUUCACACAAAAAGAUUCACUCUUGAGAGAAGCAUUUUACCAUGCCUCCAGCAUGGAAAGAGUUUCACAUACAAAAUAAGUCUUA